AUGAAGGUAUUGGAGGUUGCGGAUAGUAACAGGAUCGAUGUUUGGGGAGAGGAUUGCAGUGGCAUAGGCGGAUGGAUUAAAAUAAAGGAGCAAGUAUGCUUCUCCGGAGGAAGCCGGCUAAAAUGGAAAAAAAGAAGAGGAAGAGAGCCUUCGCUUACUUCAAAGUACCGGAUUGUUGGGAAGGAUUUGAGGUGCAGUGGCAGUGUGGUCGGGAUGACGAGGGUGAGCAGUGAGUCGCAGUGUCCGAUGCUGUCGACCGGCCGGACGCGGAGGCGGCAUGGCGUACAGAGCAGUGCGCCCAGCAGAAAGCUGCGGUUUCAGCUGGCCAAGGAGCGAAAAGCAUCGACGACCCUCGGCAUAAUCAUGUCGGCUUUCACCAUCUGCUGGUUGCCGUUUUUCGUUCUGGCAAUAGUCAGGCCGUUCCUCCAGGACCAGGACGCCAUCCCGAGCACCCUUUCGUCCUUAUUCCUCUGGCUGGGAUACGCCAACUCUCUCCUCAACCCUGUCAUCUACGCCACCCUCAACCGGGAUUUCCGACGGCCCUUCCAGCAAAUCCUCUAUUUUAGGUGCGGCUCGUUGAAUCAUAUGAUGAGGGAGGAGUUCUACCAGUCGCAGUACGGUGACCCGGUGCCCCCACCGGCAAUCGAGGAUGAACCCACCUGCGACUUGAUGCAAGUCUCUGAGCUUAAGCAGGCCGGACACGAGUCAUUCCUGUGAUACCAGCACGAGCCACUAAGGGAAGAAACUGUCAACUAGUGAGAACUCGGUUCAAUCGAAAACUUUUCUACAAAAUCCAGUCCGAUUCUUAUCCCUCAGUGUGCUGUAAAAAAUAUUCAACAACUUCCCAGGCCUAUUGCCAGUACGAUACACGUUAUCCUAUCUGUCCCCGACCCUCAUAUAGAGAAUUUCGAACGUCUUAUUUCACUUUUGAAUGAAAAGAGUCGGGAUGGGAUUGAAUUAAGGCCGAUUUUUUAAAUCUAAAUUGACGUGGCGGUUUGCACGUUUUAAAUCCGAAUUCUCUGCGACAACGCCACGAAGGAGCAAGAUGGCUGGAAUCCAGUGAGGGACGAGAAGCUGUAGAAAAAAUAUUUUAAAAAAUAAGUCGCAAUUGAGAUUUAACUUCUACUCACAUUCAUGCCAAAGUUGGCUUCUGUAAAAGAAGUUCCUUUUUGUAAAAUAAAACAAAAUUUGAUAUAAUUGGCGAACUAACUGCUAGGGUAAAUACAAUCGCAAUUCGCAAUCAGAUUAGUAUGCGUUUGAAUAGAAGAAUAGAGUAUAGAAUUCACGCAACAUACACAUUAAUUGAGCAAAUAAAUUUCCCGGUUAAUAUGACCGACAACAAUGCCAAUUUGUAGCGAGACCUGACGGGAAAAAAACCACGGCGCGCGUGACUGACCCUCGAGGAUUAACAGUUAAACCCCUGGCUAAUCUUUCGAUUCACCUCGACGGCUUUAUAGCUCAAAUUAAAAUCAAUUUCCUACUCAGAAAUUCGAGCUUAAAAAGCUUGUUAAUUCAAUUUGUCAGCUCACGAUGGAAUUCGCUAAUCCACACGACAAAAAAAAUCUAGCACUAUCCGCUUAAAGCACUCUUCUUUUCAAAAAGAGCUUACGAAACAACUCUUAAACCUGUUAAAGACUGAUAAAAGUUGGUCUUUCUACUAAAACUAUAUAUUCUAGAAAAUAUCUAUUUUUUAGACGUCCCGGCAUAUAACAGAAUUGCACUUGGUCCAUUUCUAACCAUUAUUUAAAUCCAAAAUUAAAAGACAUCAGCUCUGCUAGAUCUAUCGUACACAAUAGAAAUAUAUAUUUUAUCACAAAUUAAACGAAGUACAAGAAAACCUUUGCCAUCGUAGUUUCUUAAUAAUGUGUUUGUUUUGUUUUUUUAAUAAAUUGUAUUUCAAAUUUUUGAAAUCUCUCAUGGAUAAACAUGCUGAAAAAAACCUCUUUGUUCACUAAUAGAUAAUGGCGUUUUGUGUCAAUAUUAAAGAAAAAUUUUUGAUUAUGGUCACUUUAAAUAAUAGCCCGCCACGUCUCAACAAAAAAAUUUUUAUGUGUUUUACGUUUUUAUUGAUUAGCAACAAUAAUUUGGUGUAGCCCAACAUCAUAACUUUUACCAUUAUUUUAUAAUCAAAAAAUUUCUAGGAUUUUAAUACAAAAUCUUAAGGUAAAAAAGCUGAAAACAGUCUUUCUUUCUAGCCCGUUAGAACAUGAUUCAUAGCCAAGCAUAUGAUUUCUUUGAAUAAGCAAAAAAAAUUACUAUUCUGUUAAGUAUUAACUAUUUCGUAGGAAAUAUUUUUAAGUGUAAAAUUCUACAACCAAAUAUAUUGUCUUUUGAAUAUGACGGAUAUCACGUCUUCCUGGCCUUAGCUGGACGUAAGAACGCACCACCAUAGGCCCGGUUAAAUAACUAGCGGAUAGAACGAUAUUGAUUUCCAGGAUGUUCGGGAUGCCCGGUCUGCUUCUACUUUUCUCCAACUUUGAACUUUCACAAUCUUAUGAAAGCUGCAGUGGAAAAAUGUCCCUGGGGCAACGGCUCUAAUAAAUAAUCCAGCAGAUAUUGACCCCUCCCGCAUAACGCUCAGCCAGCGCACCUGUAAAAGCAGGUAAACAAAAACACCGGCUUUUCCAAAUAAAUAAAUUUUCAAGGGGGGGGAGGUAAAAAUAUAUUACGCGUAACGCUGUUCUCAUCCAGCAAUAUGUACGCAUUUCUGAAAGAACGAUUUUUUAAUAAGAUUUUGAAUCACGGCAUAAAUUAUGUAUUUUCAUAUUUAACAAGUAAUGCCCUACUUUUCUCCAUUACAUAUUUCCUGGUCCAUUCAAUUCUAUUUGGAACGUGUAACUAAAUACUCGCCUUUGCAUUUGGGAGAUAUUGAAUGACUUUCAAACAAACAAUAUUGUAUUAUAUCAACCAGUUUGGUAAAUUAAUUUAAUAAUUCAAAAUCUUCAUCUUUCUCGUCAUUGUUUUAACUUUUUGUUUUUCAAGGCAUUAUCACUCAAAAAUCGGGAAAACGGAUCUCGCAGGCUGGUCAAACCUUUAACUUCGAUAUCAUUUAAAUGAUAUAGUUUUAAGCGAUUGAUGAUUCGAAAUGAAUCAUAAUUGCAUACAAUUAUCUUUCCAAUUCACUCGACUAAAUUUUACCUGUUGAUUUCCCGAAAUCUGUAUCAUGUCCUAUACACAAUGUAGGGUAUGUUUUAUUGCGACGUUCCAUUUCGUCAUUACUAAUUUCUUCCCAUUUAAAUUAAUUGAUUUUUGUCAUAUUCACCUGUUUUAGCCAUGGACAUUUAAUAACAACAAAAUAACGAAAUUUAAUCAAUUUACGUAUUUACGUUUUUUUCCCAUGGCAGACAUUGACAGCAGAUACAAAGCUAUUUUCUUAAUAUUGCAUAAAAUAUACGUAGUAUAAAUUUUACAAAGCACCGUGGUUGAGUGUGUGUUUUAUCAUUCAUUUAAUGAAAAAAUGCUUCCUUAACAUGGAAAUGAUGAAUAAUCAUCAAAUCGUUCAUAAGAUGUUCCUGGUCGGUAAAAGUGGUAAUUCGCAAUAAUUUAGUAGUUUUUUUUACGAAAAAAUGAGUUAAACAUUUUACUCAUCCUUAUAAUCAGCUUGUGAUUUACGAUUUAUAUCGUAGUAAGAAAGUACCUAUCAAUUUUGUUUUGGAAUGAAAGUGAGCGUUAAGGAUGAAAUUGGUAGCGGCUGGUUUCGCUUGUCCGUCGAUGACAGUGCCCUCGAGAGUUCAGAACGUUCAAAAGUGAAACGCGAUCAAUUGAUCAGCGCUUAAUUAGUACAAUUAUUUCCCUGAUGCCGUUCCACCGAUCCCAGCAAAGGCCUAGAGAAGAAUUUUUGAAAAAUUAUUGUAUUUUAAUACCGCCUUCCGUCUUUAUGGCGGAUUAGUUACCAUGUCAACCGAAAAAAAGACUGAAAACAGGUAACCACAGGAGCACCCGAUUGAAAAUAAAUCAAGGACCAAAACGCGGCAUUAAACGAAGGCCUGGGGAUAUAUUUUAUAUCUGGCCUAUAUUUUUAACUGUUAUUCAAAAUUUUGAUUUUUUUACCUUGAAUUUUCAUAUAAUUAUAAGUAAUCUAUUGUAAACCGAAAAAUAAUUUUAAAAAAGUCGGGCAUGAAUGUUAAAGUUGUUCUAGUCAUGAACAGUAUUUAGAAAAAAGAGAGCGCGAGAUUCUAUCAUGUUUACAUCAAUAGUUUCUAAUGUUAAUUUAAAAAAUAAAAACCUUUUUAAAUAUAUACGUAUAUAUACUUAUAGUUUUCCUUUUAAAUGUAGUUACCAAAACGAAGCUCUAUGUAUUUUUUUUUGUUAACAGCCUCAUAGUGUAAAUUAUAAAGGAAUAUAUUUAUUUUAUGUAAAAAAAAUUGGACAUGUGCAUAUAUUUUCUUGUAUAAACGGGUAAGUGUUUUAGAAGCAAUAGCUAAGCACGAAAACAAAAAACAAAAAAUUUGAAAAAAUGUUUCGUACAAUAAAAAAUGAAUUUAUCUAUAUCAUAAGUGUAGAUUGUAAAUAUUCUUUUUGUACAUAGUCCUGUCUUUUUAUUUAAUUGUGUGCUUUUUUUAAGCUCUGCGAGGUUUUCGGUCGGAGACUUCGCGCCACUUGUGAUAAAAAAAA